CAAACAAAAUUUGAGGUUAUUUUGAUAUUUGACAUUAAUAUUGCCAACAUAAAAAUGAACUAACUUGACGUUGGUGUGUUAAAAACGGGAUAACCUCACAUAACCUACAAAAUAAAGUUUAAUAUGAUUCUUUUUAAUAAUAUAAAGCACAUUCUUAAAGAUAAAUUACGUUAUUUUAUAAAACCUGUAAGACUGAAUUCAACCUCUACAUUAGAUGUGAAUACAAACGUUAUAAAAGAUGUUAUUCUUUACAAAUACGAAAAUCCAAGAUUUUUUGUUUAUCUAAACGUUUUUGCAAUAACCCAGUUUGGAUUUUGGGGCUAUUUGUCGCAUUUUGCUUACACAACGUUGAGAGAUGCCCCAGUUGAAGUUACACAAGAAACUUCUUGGUGGAGAAAGAUCAAUUUGGGGGAAAAUAAGUAUCGGAAUUCUUUAGCUGUAUUAAGUUUUAUUAUAGGAUAUGGAAUAUUAACCGUGUCGUGGAUGUUCACUUUGAGAUCAGUAAGAUAUUUAGUUUUGAGAAAAGGUGGAGGAGAAUGUACAUUUGUUACUUACACACCCUUUGGAAAAAAUCGAAUGGUUACUGUACCUUUAAGUGACAUGAGUUCAGUGCAAACAAGAAGUACUGCUACCACACAAUUACCCAUAAAAGUUAAAAAUCAUAAUUUUUAUUAUAUUUUGGAUAUGAAAGGUGAAUUUAAAAACCCGACGCUUUUCGAUUAUACAGCUGGGUUAAAAAGAACUCUUAAAUAUAAAUAAUUUGUGUAAACAUUUAAUUAUAAUUUGUAUAUAAAAUAAAUAUAAUAAAAAGUAAUCAA